CUCCCCUGGCACCUGCUAAGAAGGACAAAAACAAUCCCAGCCAGCGUAGUGUCAGGGAGUCCCCGCCCCUCCUCCUGUGCUUCCUCCUCUUCAGGCCCCGCCCCCACCUGCCCAGGAUAAUUUGUUUCCUUGGGCCAGGAGCCUGGACAACAGAAGCUCAGCCUGGCCCCACUUUUGCGUCCAAAGUCAGGACACCCUCCUACCACCUGUAGAGAAGAGGGAGCGGAUUUGAAAUCAAGGCCAGGUAUCUGAUGUUCCUAGACAGAGCCGGACUUCGAACCCUGUGUCCUGCUACUCCUGCCGUGCCGGGGCUCCUCCAGCAGCUGAGCCCGCCUCCUGCCCUCCUGGUUCCUGUCCUUCCGCACCUCCUUCUCCCCUUCUGUGCAUCACUCAGCACUUGGGCAGGCGUUGCCACAACAGGCUCUGACAACAAAGCACUGGAAAAACCUGGGACAGAGCCCAGAGGAAUGUCAUGGAGCUGGGUCUGUCUCCACCUCAUCUCAGCAGCUCCUCAGAAGACCUGUACCUGGCCCCUGGGACCCCUCCUGGGACUCCCCCGCCUCCCGAUGUUCUUCUGUCUGGGGAGGUGAAGAGGUCCCAGCCUCUGCCCAUUCCGACCAGCAGGAAACUUCUUCGACAGGAGGAGCUGCGGUCAACCUCUCUACCCUCCAUCCCCAACCCCUUCCCCGAGCUCUGCAGUCCUCCUUCACAGACCCCCAUUCUUGGGGGGCCCUCCAGUGCAAGGGGGCUGCUCCCUCGAGACACCAGCUGCCCCCAUGUCAUAAAGGUGUACAGCGAAGAUGGGGCCUGCCGGUCAGUGGAGGUGGCAGCGGGCGCCACGGCUCGCUACGUGUGUGAGAUGCUGGUGCAGCGCUCUCAUGCCCUGAGUGACGAGAACUGGGGGCUGGUGGAGUGCCACCCCCACCUAGCACUGGAGCGGGUCUUGGAGGACCACGAGUCGGUGGCGGAAGUGCAGGCUGCCUGGCCCAUCGGCGGAGACAGCCGCUUUCUCUUCCGGAAAAACUUUGCCAAGUACGAGCUGUUCAAGAGCACCCCACACUCCCUGUUCCCAGAAAAGAUGGUCUCUAGCUGUCUGGACGCACACACGGGCAUAUCCCACGAAGACCUCAUCCAGAACUUCUUGAAUGCAGGCAGCUUCCCAGAGAUCCAAGGCUUCCUGCAGCUACGGGGGUCAGGACGCAAGCUUUGGAAACGCUUCUUCUGCUUCCUACGCCGGUCUGGUCUCUAUUACUCCACCAAGGGCACCUCCAAGGAUCCGAGGCACCUGCAGUAUGUAGCAGAUGUGAAUGAGUCCAACGUGUACGUGGUGACCCAGGGCCGCAAGCUCUACGGGAUGCCCACAGACUUUGGCUUCUGUAUCAAGCCAAACAAGCUUCGAAAUGGCCACAAGGGGCUUCGCAUCUUCUGCAGUGAGGAUGAACAGAGCCGCACCUGCUGGUUAGCCGCCUUCCGCCUCUUCAAGUAUGGGGUGCAGCUGUAUAAGAAUUAUCAGCAGGCCCUGUGCCGCCACCUGCGCCCACCCUGUGUGGGUUCCCCGCCCUUGAGGAGUGUCUCAGACAACACCCUGGUGGCCAUGGACUUCUCUGGCCACGCCGGGCGUGUCAUCGAGAACCCCCGGGAAGCUCUGAGUGCCGCCCUGGAGGAGGCCCAGGCCUGGAGGAAGAAGACGAACCACCGUCUCAGCCUGCCCACCCCGAGCUCGGGCACGAGCCUCAGUGCAGCCAUCCACCGCACCCAGCCCUGGUUCCACGGACGCAUUUCCCGCGAGGAGAGCCAGCGGCUCAUCGGGCAGCAGGGCCUGGUAGACGGCGUGUUCCUCGUCCGAGAGAGUCAGCGGAACCCGCAGGGCUUUGUCCUCUCGCUGUGCCAUGUGCAGAAAGUCAAACAUUACCUCAUCCUGCCGGGCCUGGGAGCUGGAGAUGAGUCAGACAGCAUCCGUGUCCUUGGCAAGUCCUGGGCUACCUGGCGAGAUAAGGAGUCCUGAGAAACGCACGAUCUGCCACCACCAAGGCACACAAUGGCUCUGUUACCUUACCUCCAACAGGUCCCUGUGAUGCACCCUCGCACCCCCCGCCCCGUCAACCCUCUCCCUCCUCCCCAACCCCAGGUCUGCUGCCUGUCCUUACAGUUGGUUCUACGCCCUCCAGAAAGUCCUAUAAAUGGAAUCCCACAGCACUCAGCCCUCUGAGUCUGGCUUCCCUCUCCAGUCUGUCCUUCAACAUCCAUAGUGAUCUUUCCAAAAUAUCACUCUGCCUGUUCCCCCAUGCCUCCACUUCAGCCCAGAUAGACCCUGCAGGGUCUGGCUUCUGCCCACUGCCCAUACCAGUCUAUGCUUUUGUCUAAGAGUUUUAUAGUUUCAGCUCUUACAUGAUGGGGGAGCUUUAUAAGAAAGGUAUCAGACUGGUAACACCUGAACUGCUGCUCAGUCUUCAGAUCACAAAGAGAUAGACCCUCCCUCCACACAUGUGAACCUCAAUGGGGUAUUAUUUUUGCCAAGAAAUAAAGCUCCCUGAAUCCAAUGACUAGUUUAUCGGAAAUAAAAGGAACAGAGGAACACGUGAAAUGACACAUGGGGAUACAAUUACCAAAAUCCAGAUUGGGAAACUACAGAACAGAUAACCCAGUUUCUUCUUCAACAACCAAAAAUUACAGGAAGAGAAAAGAUGGGGACUCUCUAGGUUUCAAGAAAUUUAGACAUC